CAACAUCCUAAUAGAUCCAUACUACCAGCUUCAGGCCCAGGGCUACGAUUUUGGCAGCCGGAAUGCAGAAUGGUCCUGUCCCAACGACCUUAACGCUGCUGGCGGACCUGCCGAAAUUUCCUCCCGGCUCGAAGGUCAGAUUUCUUGGAUGUGUCACAAACUACUCCAUCAAAACAGCACUUCUGACGCUGGAGCACAACCAUCCUUCUGGAAACUCGUUCAAGGCGUUAGUCGAUGUCAAUCUUCUCCUCAAUACACUGAAGUCGGAAGAAACUCGGAUUGGAACCUGGGUGAACGUCAUAGGUUACAUCGAACGCAAGACGCAAAAUGUUUCAACCACCGAUGAAGGGGAGCUCCGAAUACAGGCACUGGUUCUAUGGUCGUCAGGCCCUUUCAAUCUCGACAGGUAUGAAAGGAGUCUAGAUCGGAAGACUGCCGAAGCAGUUCCUGAUGUUGGCGGAUAAUUGUUGAGGUCUACGACUCCUCCCUUUUCCCUCAAACCACAGCAGAUCCGACAGGAGUUGAAGGUGAGUUUGGAUUCUUUCACCUGUAUUGGACUUAUGUCUGAUUACCGAUUUAAAACAGCAAAUUCUUGCCUGACAUAUGACCUGGAUGGUUCUAGCGAAAAUUUGACAACCAG